CCACUGUCUGAUUUUAAUGUCUCACCUCCAAAAUCUACAGAUCAAAUCUCUUCCUCGUUUUUGUGCUUCGCGGACAAUUGUAAGCUUUUUUAGAGUUGAGCUAUGGUCAAGGAGAGUGAGUACUACGACAUAUUAGGCGUCAAGAUUGACGCUUCAGGUGCCGAGAUAAAAAAAGCUUACUAUGUUAAAGCAAGGCAAGUUCAUCCAGACAAGAACCCUGGUGAUCCUCAAGCUGCUAAAAACUUUCAGUCACUAGGUGAAGCUUACCAAGUCCUUAGCGAUCCAGAGAAGCGAACAGCUUAUGACAAAUAUGGAAAAGAAGGUGUUCAACAGGAUGCAAUGGUUGAUCCUGCAGCGGUAUUUGGUAUGCUCUUCGGUAGCGAGCUCUUUGAGGAUUACGUUGGGCAACUUGCACUUGCUUCAAUAGCUUCAAUCGAUGCUGAAUUAGAAUCAUAUGAGCCUGAGAUUAGAAAACAUAUGCUUCAGGAAAAGAUCAAAGCGAUGCAAAAGGGCAGGGAAGACAAGCUCGUCGCUACACUGAAAAUCAAACUCGAACCAUUCGUGGAAGGACAAACCGAUGAAUUUGUGAACUGGGCCACUGCAGAGGCAAAACGGCUCUCUACAGCUGGUUUUGGUGAGGCAAUGCUUCACACCGUUGGUUACAUUUACACUAGAAAAGCUGCUAAAGAACUUGGAAAGGACAAACGUUACAUGAAAGUACCGUUUUUAGCCGAGUGGGUUCGUGACAAAGGCCACCAAGUAAAAUCUCAAGUGAUGGCUGCUUCUGGUGCGGUCUCGUUACUUCAGCUGCAGGAUGAAGUGAGCAGGCUGAAUCAGGGAGUGAACAAAGAAGAGAAUAUUCAGAAAGCCAUUGAAGCUAAAAAAGAUGCAAUGCUUCAAUCCCUUUGGCAAAUCAAUGUUGUUGACAUCGAAUCAACCUUAUCUCGUGUCUGCCAAGCAGUGCUUAAAGAUCCAAGUGUUUCAAAGGAUGUACUUCGAGCUAGAGCUAGAGGGUUGAGGAAGCUGGGAAACAUUUUCCAGGGUUCUAAGAAACCGUACUCUAGAGAAAACAGUUUGCGUCACGAAGAAGCUGCCGUGAAACUCCACGCCGGAGAUUCAUCAAAGCCGGCGUCUUAAAUCAAGAAACCAAGAUUCGAAUCUAUUGGUUCAAAACGAAACAGAACGAUCGCUUUUGAAGAUUAUUGAAUAGCAUUUGUAACACGAUUAUAUUAUUUUUCUUCGUAAUUUAUUUUUUGCAAUUCUAAAUAAAAUAAUAUUAGUAUGGGGAAGUGAUGUUUUCGUCUUUAUAUUCCCUUUCUUCGUUAUACAUCUUCUCUUCCGUGUUG